AUGUCAUUCGCUCAAAUUGUUAUUGGACCACCAGGAUCCGGGAAAUCGACUUAUUGUAAUGGAUGUUCUCAAUUUUUUAACGCCAUUGGGAGACACUCCCAGAUCAUUAAUAUGGAUCCAGCAAAUGAUAACUUACCAUAUCCCUGUGCAAUUGAUAUUAGAGAUUUUAUCACCUUAGAAGAAAUCAUGUCUGAACAACAGUUAGGACCCAACGGUGGAUUAAUGUAUGCCAUGGAAUCCCUGAAUCAAUCCAUUGAUUUGUUUAUUUUACAGAUCAAGACAUUAGUAGAACAAGAAAAAGCAUACUUAGUCUUUGAUUGUCCUGGGCAAGUGGAAUUAUUCACACAUCAUUCUUCUCUGUUUCAUAUCUUCAAAAGGCUGGAGAAGGAAUUAGAUAUGAGAUUUUGCGUCGUUAAUCUGAUUGAUUGUUUCUAUAUAACGUCACCAUCUCAAUAUGUUUCUAUUCUCCUAUUGGCUUUACGGUCAAUGCUUAUGAUGGAUCUACCACAUAUAAAUGUAUUUUCAAAGAUAGAUAUGUUAAAAUCAUACGGUGAACUACCUUUCAGAUUGGAUUAUUACACCGAAGUACAAGAUUUAGAUUAUUUGAUACCCUACAUAGAAAAGGAGACUAGUGGUAGUCCGUUAGGUAAACGAUACAGUAAAUUGACAGAGACUAUCAGUGAAUUAGUUAGUGAUUUUGGUCUUGUUUCAUUUGAAGUCUUAGCUAUUGAUGACAAGGAAAGCAUGAUUAAUCUACAGAGUGUUAUAGAUAAAGCUAAUGGUUAUAUUUUUGGAUCUUCGGAGGUUGGUGGAGAUACUGUGUGGGCUGAGGCCACUAGAGAAGGUGCAAUGAGGGAACAUUAUGAUAUCCAAGAUAGAUGGAUUGAUCAUAAGGAAGAAUAUGAUAAACAAGAGUUAGCAAGAAGAGAACAAUUACUGAAAGAGAAGAAAAUGGAGGAAAAGGAGAUUGAUGUAGAUAAUGAGGAUGAAUGGGAUAGAGCAUUAAGGGAAUGGGAAGCAAAACAAGGAAUGGAAUAUCACCGUUAA